GAUGCGUCAGGCAACAGACGCUCUCGGAUCGUCGCAAUCCAGCUACGGCCGCGCUUCGAAUUCUUCCGCUAUGACGAUUGUGAGUCUCUGCAUCACUCCGAGAUCGGGUCUACUGCCAUCAUUUGUUUAGAAAAUGAGGCUCGAGGUGAGAUUGAUGGCCAGAACCCCGAGGUUGUCAUCAGCUUCACAUGAGCACGCCCGACCUUCCUGCGACCGUAACACCUGCAGGCAGGAACCAAUGAACCUGCGAACAUGGCACGCAAAUGAAAAACGCGUGUUCGGACUCGAGCCUGAGCCUACAUGCUACUGACCCCCUGUCGGCCCUGUAUAAGUACGGUGCGGCGACCACGCCGUCAACCGAUACACACCGCGAUGCUCUCGUCGUUGAGGUCGGACUCCAGGAAUCCAGCCAGGAACACUCGUAGCGGGUCGUCAAAAUAUUUUGACAUGCCUCGGGGACUCUCGGUCCACGUCUUCAAGAACCCCGCAGCCCAAAUGCCUUUGCUGCCGUCGUAUCACACGGCACCCAAAGGGCAGUCCAACCAGGACAGGACCGUGGACGACUCCUCACGACCUAACUUCGAAAGAAAGGCCUCAUCGACCCCUCACGACCCCCUCCGCAUUACGCAGCCCGCCGUCUACGUCGACCCCAAGCGCGCAAAGUCAUCGAGAGGGAACGCUGUUUAUCCUUAUUCUUCAAGUGACACAUAUGUCUAUGGACGAUCGUUCUCUACCGCACCUGACGCCCUAGCAACAUCACCCUCAUCCGAGUCGUCGAGCUCCGAAUCAGAUAUCUUCUCGGAUUCUGCCAUCUCUGCGUCCAUCGAAAUAUCGUCGACGCGUGCUAGCAGCAGUACCGAGACUCUCGAGACGACAGCCCUUGCAAUCCAGUAUCCUUCCUCCGCGACUCGUCCCUCCUAUCCAAGAACCGGUUCUUCGUCCGACUGGCCGCGCAUCACACCUGACGGCUCUCGCAUUCUGCCACCAGGCCUGCCUCCAAUUUCUCGUAGUGCAUCGAGUCACGCGAACGGAACGCAGCCCAAACCAGAGAUGGUAUGGUUACCACCUGCCGAUGCUAUGUCCGACACCGAGGACGACACUUUUGUCGACGACAGUGACGACGUUGGCAUGCAGACUCAAGGGCGGCCCGUUAUUUUUGCGGCCAGGGAUGAUGGAGUACGCGACCCUCGGUAUGCAGGCUCACGCCCUGCACCUGCGCCCAUGAGACGUUAUUCAGAUGAGCGAGCGACUGCACAGCAGCUCCCUAUCCAGAGGAUGGGCUCCGAAGCUCCGCGCGGUCCACUGGGUCCUGCAAAAGCGUCGGAGAACCGUGGCCCUCCUAGCUUCGCUGCCACUGGUUCUACCUACAUCGUACCCAUUGAUGAUGGACGACGGGCGCCUCAGCUUGCUCCGCCUUCAAGAGCUAAUCCCGCCCCAGCGACGCCAGCAGCUCAGGUAUCUCGAAGUGAGGAUAAGCCUUCCAUCGCGCCCCUCCCGUCAGCAUCACGAGCCAACGGAUCGAAUGGCCAACAAAGACCGGACGCAUCUGUGCCAGUCAUGACUCGCAGUACAUCGACAUCAGCAGGCGCGCUGACCGUAUCGACGAGGCGCGCUGUGCGAUGGACGGAGAAUUUGAUGUGUCCAUGCCCCAUACCACGCAGCGAACGCCGGAAGGGAUGGUUCAAUCGCAGAGGUGACCAGCUGUGGACGAACGAUGGUUGCUUCAAGCCACCAGAGCCUGGUAGGGAGUACCCUCCAGAGCUUGUGGGAUACCCAGAACCGAAUGCGGGCUGGAUGAACGAAGAGGGGGUGAGAAUCGAUAUGGAACAUUGCCUGAUACCCAAACCUCCGCUUCGCUCCGCACUUAAACGCCCCAAGGUCGCCGUGGGCACACAGUAGGGCUGCUCCGACUGCCCUUGCCGAGCGACACUCCCCUUCACGAUUAACUUAUUCAUGAUUCUUAACGCAACGACGUCGACGAGCGCACGGCCAGUGCCCUUUAACUAUUGUAUCAUUAGUGCAGUACCCAUGAUCGCAAUGAUACCACCCCACGAUUACCAUCCUUGUCAAUCAGAGUCUAUGGAAAUUACAUCCUCGUCGACGACAUUCACAGUUGCACGUCUCGCCCGUGGUCGCUGACGU